GCUCGCGCCUACGCUGUUUAAAACGGUCUUCCCACGAGCCGUUUGAAUCACUCAACCCACAGAGCAGGAAGGAGACCAGGAUUCAGUCCGUACGCAGUCCCUGUCAAGCUGGUAGCGUCUUUAAAAUCGUUUAUCUGCGCAAAAGGAGCUCACGGAGACGCUGGAGAUUUUGGUCGAAUAGAGCACAUUUAGGACUUUUUUAUCUAAGCGGUUACGAGUGAAUGUGCAGGACAGCAGACUUUCACCUGACGUGUUUAAAACAGCACGAGACUCUGUUAACCUCAGCCGCACGAGGACAUCGUUUGCAUGAAACUGUGGCCAGGUAAAAGCGGUGGAUGCAACUACGCUCCAUUUAUAGAAGAAAGGUGGCAGAGCAGCAGAGGCUUAGAAGAGGAUCAGCCAACCACAGGCAGAUACACCACCGCUAAAAUUUCCUCCAAAACCCUCCCCAAACGCACCAUGUCCCUCAGCACAUUCCACCUAAUGCAGACCCUUAAGAACUCUCCCGCUGCACUUCGUCGCCGCUUUCGCCGCGACCGCACAGAGUCUUUAUCGCAUGGUGACCCCCUCUUCAAGGUGCACUACUUGGGCACUGAGAAAAUCUUCUCCUUGGAUCGAGAACAGGCGCAGUACGCUAUUAGCCACCUACUUGAUGGUAUUGCUAACGGCAAAAAGCUGAGCAAAGAUCACGCUCUGGUUGUACGCCCAAGGUAUGUCGAAGUCAAGGAGCUAAGUACAGGACGGCAGCUAACCAAGACAUACCUGCAGGACAUUGCGUACUGUGCAGCAGAUGCCAACCGACCCAACGUCUUCCUGUACAUCUGCAAGCACCAGGGGCAGCAGCUGCAGUGUCGGGUGUUCUGGUGCAGCCGGGCUGAGAGGGCACGGGACAUGACAGCCUGUCUGGCGCACUCAUUCCAGCGGGCGCUGAGUGACUGGCAGCAGGAUGGCUCGGCCAUGCUACAGCCAGGAGAAGUGAAGGGGAAGUGUGGGGAGGAGUCCAACUCUCCUUCCAACAACAAGAGCUCCACGCUGCCUGCCAGUCUGGGGAAAGUUCGUUGGAGAAAUAGAGGCUCAGUCUCUCGCAGCCCCCUCAGGGCCAUCAGCAGACGAGGAUCAGGCUCAGACAGCUGGAACUGAACCCUGGCUUUAACCCUUCAUACGUUGGGACUACUUUAACCUGACAACCGCCUCAAGGACAGCAGCACUGACGGGAGGGAGCGUUACGAGACGAAGGGAAGGACAAAAGGGGAUAAAAGUACAGGGAGUCCAUAUUUGGACAUGAGCGGAUGAUGCUGUAAUCAGUGAGCGUACGGACCUGAAUGUUUUUUGACGCAGCAGGGUUCUCUUGACUUGUGAGAGUGGCGCCCAUUGUGGCACAGACUACUGCUGAUGGUUCCCUUUGUUCACUUGUCAGCAGCUACAUGAGGACUGUGACUGGCUGCAAGCCAUUCAAGGAGCGAACUGAUGCAUUUCCUUUGCUCUUUUUUGGCUGGCUUGUGUUGUAAGUAUUCUGUUUGAUACUUUAGCCUCUGCAGGGCUUGUUCUCCCGGAAAUGGACAAUUAAAGUGACUUCUUUCAACAGAUUGAACUCCAAAAACUGGAAAAAGACAACAAGAGUCUUUAUUUUUUGAAGGCUGGCUUUUAUUCAACUGACAUUUGAGACAGGUCUUAACCAUGUGGCACUGGCAGGCAUCUUUCCCUUUAUUUUUAAAGAAUGUUAUGAGAUUUUUGGCCAACAUCACAAGGAUUGAAAGUGAAAGAGCAGGGGUUCACAGUAAAUGUGGGCUGUGAUACAAAUGAAGGCAGUUAUUCUUUUCAGGACACUUUUCAUGCAGGCUUUCUCUGACAUUUCCUACAUUUUAAGAGAUCGGUAGCUUCUGAUAAAUUAUGAAUCAGGAAAUAAUACUCCCCUGCAAAACAUCCAAAGUGAAUAAAAUCCUCCUCUCAAGGCCACAGCAGCAUCAUCCAAAAAGAGACAGAUCUGAACUGUCCUCAGCAAUGAAUUAUUUGCAUUUAUGUGGAAAAAACACACCCGGCCAUGACUCGCAGGGUUUGUUUGUGUCCGAACACUGGGAACGUUGUGUUCCUAAUGUGGAGCCUCUGUGAGGAAUGCAUGGCCAUGCACCUGCAUUCCAAUCGAGACGCAAGAUAUUCUCCAAAAAAGCUCCAAAUUCUUCUCCAUGUCCGACCAUGACUCUGAAUAUUGAAUAGGCAAGUCAGUUGAUGCUUUAAGCUCUGUACCCUUCACUUGUUCACAUAAUCAAAGCCAUUAAAGGAGGCCUAACUGCUUCACUUAAAGUUUUAUAUGUGCAGGGUUGCAUAACAUGCUCUCCUGAUGGCGUGUUCUGUCUUAAGGUUUACAAAUGAGCGAGUUUAGGAAACCCUGAGGCAAUGAUCUCUGGCCAAAGCUAAGCUAGAAAUGUUACACUUUUUUUUUUUUUAACCAGGAAAGGUGUUUUUUGACUGAUGUGCCACUUGGUUUUUUAUCUGUAAAUUUUAACAUUUUAUACUUUAAAAUGUAUCUUUUUUUUUUCCAACUACAAACGGCACAGCCUCAAUCUCAAAAAAGGGGGUUAAAGUGCCUGCAUUAAGCGUAUUUUAUAAAUGUGCUGUUUUAUGUCACUGUACAUAUUUAAUUAAAUAUGUAUUUUAUGAAGUAUUAAAACUUUUUAUACAACA